CUGCCCGACCCUCGGUGGGUGAGUGCGAGCAUCGAGCGGCGGACGGCGGGUGGGGCCUCCGCUGGCAGAGGCACCGGCAGCGGCGGCGACGCCUGUCAUCGCUCCAGGCCCAGCGGGAGGACACGCCAACAUCCCCGCUGCUGCGCUCGGCCCAGGGCGUGCUGCCGGCUGCUACCACCUCUGGGCCGGGGCUGGGGCCGCCCAGGGGCUCUGCUUGCUCCAUACUGUGAGCCCGGAGGGCAGUCUAGUAGCGGGCUCUCUCUCCCCGAGGGCCGAGUCGUGGGUCUCCGACUGGCUGGUUGACCCACUGCGGCUCCGGCCAUGCCCAACUGGCCUUGGGGGCUGUUGCUGACCGCGGGCACGCUCUGGGCCGCGCUGAACCCCGGGCCACCGGCGUUCGUCGACCCCUGCCAUGAUGAGGGGGGCGCGCCCCGUGGCUGCGUGCCUGGCCUGGUGAAUGCAGCCCUGGGCCGUGAGGUGCUUGCUUCCAGCACAUGUGGGCGGCCUGCCACUCGGGCCUGUGACGCCUCGGACCCGCGGCGGGCACAUCCCUCUGCCCUUCUGACCUCUGCAGGGGGCACAGCAAGCCCACUGUGCUGGCGCUCUGACUUACUGCAUCGGGUACCCCUCAACGUGACCCUCACAGUCCCCUUGGGCAAGGCUUUUGAACUGGUCUUCGUGAGCCUGCGCUUCUGCUCAGCCCCGCCUGCCUCAGUGGCUCUGCUAAAAUCCCAGGACCAUGGCCGAAGCUGGGCUCCGCUUGGCUACUUCUCCUCCCGCUGUGGCCUGGACUAUGGCAGACCACCUGCCCCUGCUGAUGGUCCUGCUGGCCCAGGGCCUGAGGCCCUCUGCUUCCCAGCACCUCAGGCCCAACCUGAUGGUGGUGGCCUUCUGGCCUUCAGUGUGCAGGACGGCAGCCCACCAGGACUGGAUCUGGACAGCAGCCCAGUGCUCCAAGACUGGGUGACCGCCACAGAUAUCCGCAUAUUACUCACAAGGCCUGCAAAUGUGGGAGACACUAGGGACUCAGAGGCCAUGGUCCCUUACUCCUACUCAGCCACCGAGCUCCAAGUGGGUGGACGUUGCAAGUGCAAUGGGCAUGCCUCACGGUGCCUGCUGGACACCCAAGGCCACCUGAUCUGCGACUGCCGGCAUGGCACUGAGGGCCCUGACUGUGGCCGCUGCAAGCCCUUCUACUGCGACAGGCCAUGGCAAAGGGCUACGGCCCGGGAAGCACAUGCCUGCCUUGCUUGCUCCUGUAAUGGCCAUGCCCGCCGCUGCCGAUUCAACAUGGAGUUGUACCGACUAUCCGGGCGCCGCAGUGGGGGCGUCUGCCUCAACUGCAGGCACAAUACUGCGGGUCGCCACUGCCAUUACUGCCGAGAGGGCUUCUACCGUGACCCAGGCCGUGCCCUGAGUGACCGUCGUGCUUGCAGAGCUUGUGAUUGUCACCCUGUUGGUGCGGCUGGCAAAACCUGUAACCAGACCACAGGCCAAUGUCCCUGCAAGGAUGGUGUCACAGGCCUCACCUGCAACCGCUGCGCCCCAGGCUUCCAGCAGAGCCGCUCUCCUGUGGCACCCUGCGUUAAGACUCCUAUCCCAGGACCCACUGAGGAGAGCAGCCCUGUGGAGUCACAGGACUGUGAGUCACACUGCAGCCCUGCCCGCGGCAGCUACCGCAUCAGCUUGAAGAAGUUCUGCCGGAAGGACUACGGUAGGAUGCCUGAGCCCUCAGUCCCCACCUCGCCUUCAACCCCACCUCUCCCCUUCGUCCCUCGAGGGCCCCCCAGUACCGCUGGCCCCACCUUUCCAGCCCUUAGUGUCCUCAAAGUGAUAUGCUUCCCUCUUGCGGGUGACCUCUUUGUGUCCUCACCACUUCGGGUGGGCGCCCUGUGCUUCGCGCGCCCGCCCGCUGCCGGCGCCGCCCAGCCUAAGCCCGCCUUCUCUCCCUCCUCGCAGCCGUGCAGGUGGCGGUGGGCGCGCGCGGCGAGGCGCGAGGCGCAUGGACACGCUUUCCGGUGGCUGUACUCGCCGUGUUCCGGAGCGGCGAGGAGCGCGCUCGGCGCGGGAGCAGUGCGUUGUGGGUGCCCGCCCGCGACGCGGCCUGCGGCUGCCCGCGCCUACUACCCGGCCGCCGCUACCUGCUGCUGGGGAGCGGGUCGGGGGCCGCGGCGGGGAGCCGGGGACCCGGACUCAGCGCCGCCCGCGGAAGUCUCGUGCUGCCCUGGAGGGACGCGUGGACGCGGCGCCUGCGGAGGCUACAGCGGCGCGAGCGGCGGGGACGCUGCGGGGCAGCCUGAGCCCGCGGGCGGGGCGGGGCGGGGACUGGGCGCUACUGGGACAUCACGGCGCACGUUUUCAGUGCCUUAGCCUUCGGACGAGUCUUUGCUGGCGUCGCCUACUGGGUCUGGUCCCCGUUCUUCGCCUCCCCCGAAGCAUCACGCUUGUGCGGCAGAGGGAUGCGGAAGCCGCAAUGACACCCCGCCCUCCCCCAGAGACUUGGAUGCUCCUUGGUGCGCCCACCCUCACUCUGCCCUCUCCGAGGGGCAGAGCGAUGUCCGAUAUCCCCAUAAGGCUGCAAACCCCCUCACGUAGCUUAAGAACCCUCAGGGUCUGACAUCAUCCCGUGGGCCACUGCGAUUCAACCCCUUGAUCCCAAGAUCCGCCAGAGAGCGCUGCGACCUCCCCAAAGGCACGGUGGCCACCCUAGACGUCCUGGACCGCUAUGGGGUUGGUGACCCAAUUCCGCUGCCUGCACAGCAAGUCCCCCGCCUUCUGCUAGGACCCGCAGAGGACGCUGAGCUCCGCCCGCGCCGGAAGGCUGCCUCUGUUCACCUCCGCGGGUCUGUGUCCUCGAGUGGGUCCUGGCGGGCCGUGGGUCCGUAUCUCUUUCCCCAGCCGCGUCUCUCCUUUGUCCUGCCUCUUUCUUGGAUUGCUGUGACCCCAAGUCUGUCCCGCUGUCCUCUCUGCCGCGUCUCUGAGCCUUGACCUCAGGACUCCUCGGCUCGGGUCCCGCCCCCCCAACUCCCCUGCGUCCUUAACUCUCUCAGGGAUCUGCUGUCGCAGAGCGCAGCCCCAACCACACGUGACCGGGCCGGGCUGCAGCAGCACAGGCGGGCAGCGGCACGAGCUCAGGGUGCCUGCCCCACGGCUGUCGACGCGGCACGGCAGCCCCAGCCACCUAGGGCUCGCCGGGGCCUCCGCGCUGUGGGAACCGCUGCCUGACCCGCGCAUGCGGCGGCUGUCGGGCGCCUGCGCGCAUGCCCAGAGCCGGCG